UAGCAAAAUUUUCAAGAUAUCAAAAAGACUUAUUGUUUUUAAUCUUGUUUUUAAUUGUUUUCUGAUUUAAAUCAUUAUCCCAAUAAAUUGUACAUUAAAAGAUAAUUAAUAGAAAUGGAAAUAAUAGAUUUUAAAUUAAUAAUUUAUUACUAAAAAAUGAUUCUAUAUACACUCCCCAAAAAUAUGUAUAUAAAUAGGAAACAAUAAGCCCAAUCUUCACUUCACAGUCCAAUACACAUUAACCAUGUUUAAGGUUACAAUAAUUGUUGGACUCUUGGCGUUGACCCAGGCCAGUCAUAUUCCCCUCGCUCCUUUAGGAUAUGACUAUCCAGCCGUUCCACUCCAGACAAGGCUGCAACCUGUCGUAGUUCCAGCCACAUCAACCAUAAUUUCGAAACCACCAGCCCACUAUGACUACGGAUACACCGUAAGCGAUCCGUAUUCAGGUGACCACAAGAGUGCCUACGAAACUCGUCGUGGAGACGCUGUGGCCGGAAGCUACUCCUUCUUGGACGCCAGCGGUACCAAGCACACCGUAGAUUACACAGCCGACGCAGCUCACGGUUUCAACGCCAACGUCCACAAGGAGCCCGCUAAGGUGGUUGUGGCGGCCCCGUCGGUUGUUCGUGCAGUUUCAGCACCUGGGGCACCUAUUCGUUGGCAAGAUCUUCUCCCAUAUUUCCCAGGUUAAUCGUGUUUUUGAACUAAUGCUGGUCAAAAAAUAAACAUUUUUUUCUUCUUUA